AUGCGCGCGCGGCUCGCCCUGCUGCUUCUCUUCGCAGAGGUGGUCAUCACUCGCUCGCAGACCACGGCUGAUGUUGACUUCAUGAAAAGCAGCCCCUUGGGCUGCUUCUCACGAGGCUAUGAGUUUGACUUCUACAUCCCCAACACCAACAUCAAUACCACCCAACUGAAGCUUUGUCAAGAGCACUGCCAAUAUGUGCCCGGAUGCGUCCGCUUCGUGUACAAAGCCUUUUGGGGCGAAUGCCGCGGGACCGCAGAUGAAAAUGCCGUGGAGAUUCCAUCGGAAUCGCCCUAUUUGAUUGCAGGCUACCGGAGCUGCGAGCCCGAAAGCAUGCAGCCACCCCCCAGGUGUCGCACCGAGACGCCGGGGAACGGCUUCCCGGGCACCAGCCCUCAGAGCUCUCAGCUGGCUUGGCCAGGUGGGAAGCAGCCCUACAGCUUGGAGUGCUGGCCAAAGCGUUGGGAUGGCGCCCCAUUGGCCUGCACCGAGGUGGGAGUGUUAGACAGCACCAAAAAUGGCUGGCCUGGAAAGUGCCGGGGUUUGGUGGAAAUGCACGGCAUCAAUGGUACCGCCUGUGGCCAGAACUGUCGGGAGAACCCGUCCUGUCAGUCCUGGCAGAACACGGUGUACUACAGCUGCUGGCAAGGGCUGGGAAAGGACUGCUUCGUGCGAGGGAAUUUCGUGCCCCGCGAAGCGGAACGUUUGCAGCAUGGCUCCGUGAGAGUCUUGAAGGACCUCACAGGCUAUCAGAUCAUAGGCUUGUGGAAGGGCUUCGAUAACAGCGAGGGCUUCUUCCAGAAGAAUGAAGAUGCCAUCGCCUUCUGCAAACACAUGUGCUAUUCAGACAUCCGCUGUCAGUACUGGACCUAUGCGCCGAACUUCGGCUGCUGGCUGGAGGAUGCGAGUCAGGAGUAUGGCCCUCCCUACCCGUUGACCUUGGAAGCGGCGCGGCGCGACACGGACUUCGCCAAGGACGGCGACUGCGUGGCCGGCGAAUACAUUCAGCACUUCUGCCCAGCGACUGGGCUUCCUUCGCAGGGCGAGGACGUCGCCGAUGGAGCGACUGAAUGUGCUGAACGGGGCUACAGAUACGAGCCACCCUCGAUGUUCCUGUCACACAGGACCGUCGAGCCCAACUGGGAAGCUUGCCGCUCGCGCUGUAAGUGGACCGUUUAUUGCAACUACUUUGCCUUCUGGCCGGACGGCGGCUGCUUGAUCACCGGCACCGACUCGCAGCGGGUCAUGGCCGAGAGCUACGAGGUGAUCUCAGGACCUAUCCAUUGCAACGCCUCUUAUCGAACUGCUGCGCCUUCCGUGGAAGCCUGGGCAAGCCAAACGACCCUGCCGAACAUCGGCCACAGCGAAGUGGCUUCGGUGACCGCCGCGCCAGAGACGAUGGCGCACAUGGCAGAGAUCGAGAUCCCCAUCUUCGGCUUGGACGUGGGACAACUCGCCGCCAAUGACCAGCACCUCUUGGAGGGGCGGUAUGCGGAGGCCAUCGCGAAGACGCUCGCGCUGCCGGUGUCGGAGAUCAAGGAAGGUCCAGAUCAAAACGACUUGGACGCACAGGUGCACUUGAGCCCUGGGGUGGGAGGAGGUUGUAUCCUCACCGCCUGGACGCCCAACGAGCCUGUGAGCAGUUCAGACCCCUCGGUGCUGAGGAGCAAGCUGAAGACGCCUGCAUUGAUCACCAACCUGAAGUUGGCGACCACGCAAGCGCAACUGCCGGUGUCAGCUCUACCAGGCGCACAAAUCCAGGUGGGCGAGCCUCAGGUCGGCACCAAGGAGCAUCCUUUGCAAGCCUUAGUGGAACCGCCCAGCUUUUGGUCUCAGUGGUGGCCGCUUUUGAUUGCUCUGACCUUCGUCCCUGGGUUUUUCAGGGCGGCACCGGCGGACCGGGACCGGGGCUGUGGGGUACCAGGAGAAGUUUCUUUUUGA